AUGCCUCCAAAUCCACUAUGCGACGUCUGCAAAACUCUCAAUCUAUCAUCCACCAACAACCGCAAAGCAGCCAAAUACCCACUAGAUUUUGUGCAAGACAUCUACCGCAAAUCCAUCAGCCAUGUAUUCUGCCCGUUCUGCAGACUUGUGAUUGAGUUCAUUGGCCCUGGCCUCGGCGGGCAGAUCUCCAUCGAGUGGAAAGACAAAGGGGGGUUCUUUUUUAGUGUGCAAGGUCGGACUCUGGCGUUUAUUGAUGAGCGAGAGGCGGCGACGUCCCCGUAUGGUGCUGCGCGCAGGAUCGAGCCGACGCUUGACCCAGAGCUUGUCAAGAGGUGGCUUCAACUAUGUGCGGCGGAGCACACUGAGAAGUGUACGCCGAGCACAGGCGUGAUUCGGCAGGCGGAGGGGGACGUGGGGGUGAAGACGUUGAGACUCAUCGAUACCCACAAUGCAUGCCUUAUCACUGCUGCCCCAGGCGACCGCUACCUCGCGCUAAGCUACCGGUGGGGGAACAGCAAUCCCCCCAUCCGCCUGGAAAAAAACACAAAAGACCUCCUCUUCACCACCGGCGCGUUUGCCUCGCCCUCUGUGCGGCAGAAGAUACCGACUACGAUCCGCGAUGCGAUUGAUUUUGUACAGAUGAUCGGGGAGCGGUAUUUGUGGGUGGACAGUCUGUGCUUGGUGCAGGAUUGCGAGGAGGAUAUGGCGGAUGGUGUGGCGAAUAUGGAUCUGGUGUAUCAGUGUGCGGUGUGCACGAUUAUUGCUGCUGCUGGGAAGGACUAUAAUGCCGGCCUGCCGGGUGUGCAUCCGGGAUCGAGGUUUGCAAGGCAGAAUGUGGUUGAAGUUCUUCCUGCAAUAUCGAUGGCGAUGACGGAAGGGGUGUACGAUGCGAUGCAGGCAGAAUAUAUGACGAGGGGUUGGACGAAACAGGUCUACUUCCGAUGUCGCACAAACUGCUGGAGCGAAGACACAAUCUACGACGCCUUCCCAUCCGCAACCAACGAAAUCCUGCACUCAGGCAGCAUGGUCAACUUCGCAGAGAACGACGUCUCAAAAGUCUACGACACAUACACCGCCCUCCUCUCGCGCUACGCCGACCGCCAUCUGUCCGUCGAAACCGACACCAUCAACGCCUUCACCGGUAUCCUGCGGUUCCUCUCCGCCAGAGCCCAAUCAGGGCUUCUAGAAGGUUUAUUGACAGCCGCGUUUGAUAUAUGUAUAAUUUUCUGGGAUCCCUGGCCGACUAUUACUAACACGCCUGUGAGACGCCGCCUGUUCCCUAGCUGGUCGUGGGCGGGAUGGCCGGGGAUGCGGGAUGGGCUCGGGAGCAAAUUGUCAGAUCCACAAGCUGCGAAUGCGUGGUUGCAUGAGCAGACAUAUAUUGUAUGGUAUAAGCGCGGUCCGAGAGACUCUGAACCGUCACUUGUAUGGAGCGUUGAGAUGAGCGAGGGGUAUAGGCGCGGAAGGGGCUAUGAAGCGUGUGAGAUUGGGUAUCGCGCGAGCGCGGGCGAUCCAUAUGGCCGCCAGCAGCACCAGCGCAGGGCCUUUGCCCCGCAGCGCUCGCGCGCUGACUCGGAGGAAGAGGGAGGGGAUACCACGUACCAAACAGUGCCCACGCAGCCUGCGGACGACGCACGGCGGGAAGCGAUAAUUUCCCGGGAGCUGCACAAGCGCUCAUACCAUCUCCUGCAAUUUUUCGCGUACACGGUGCGCGUGCAUGCGUUUGGCGAGCCGCCGCAGAGUGAUCCGUAUACCAAGCUUCACCCUCUUCUCAGUGGUGUCACUGGUCACGGCACCGGCAACGAUGGGAUGCACCAGCAGGAGAUUGGGCGCAUGAAAUUUGAUAACCAUUUAAAGCCCGAGAUGGGGAUGUCGACGCAUGAGCUGGUUGUGUUAGCCAAAGCGGAUGUGUAUGAUAUGGUUUUUAAUGAUACGGCUAGGAUUGAGAGGCCGUUUUAUUGGGUUAUGUUGAUUAAGUGGGUUGAGGAGGAGGAGGAGAAGGUUGUGGCGGAGAGAUGUGGGAUUGGGAUGUUAUUCCAGGAUUGUAUUGAGCUUGUUGUGUCUCCCGGGAUGGUAUGGAAGGAAAUAGUUUUGGCUUGA